AAAAGACAUUUUCAGUAUUUAUUUUCAGUAAUUGCAGAAAAUGAACCCAGGACCUGACUAAAUGUAACAGUGGUAGCUAGUUUAUAGCCCUUUUGGUGUAGCCUGGAGAGCGUAUAUCAUAUUACUCUUACACCUUGCCUCCUUGAUAUUAAAGUGUUAAUUUAUCAGUCUGUGUUUAGAGAAAUUGCUUCAGUUUUAUAAUAUUGUAAUAAUAAAAUCACUUUCGGUGAAAUGUCCCACAGGGACCCUAAUGUUGAAUUAAGAAUAAAAAUUAAUGCCAAGGUUUCCAAGGCUACUUUCUCUCUUCGUAUCAUUGAGCCUUUAACCUAAUUUGAGUUUUCCCCUAAACAUAAAGCGACACCUUGUGGCUUUCUGGGGAAAUCUGUUUGAAAAAGGGGUGCCACAGAAUUGUGAUCUUUAUAAAUAUACCAGUCUUAUGCUAACACUUAUUAACAUGGUCUAGAAAAAUUAUGAAAAGUAUGAUAUGCAUGUUGGACUGCAUGUUGAAAUAAAGUAUAACAUUUGAACUCUGUUCUCCCUCUAGGAAUGUACUCAUGAUAUCCUGGCAGCACUUCAGAUAAAUGCUGACAUAGUGACCAAAGACAUUCUUUCACUCAAGGACAGGGCACAGAAGCUGGUCUGUGAUUGGCUGCAUCAGUUCUGUCGUACCAAUCUGUCAGAUAUUGUGGCCACUCAUGGUGUUCCCUGCCAUGAAGAGCAGCUUAGAGAGGCUUUCAUAAUUGGUGGAGCUUUGAUGAGGGCUGACUGUAGAAACCCCAGAUGGCAUCUGCUCUAUGUGGACAUCCUUUUGGCAAAAGGUGAGAUUGUGGGGGAAAUUUUCUGAGCCGGAUCCUUGCUAGGAUUGGAAAUCAUCUGCCUAGCAGCUUAUGGCUUAGGCUGUGUGACGUUUCCAAUUUGACAAAAAGCACUAUUGCACCUGUCAUCCCCUGUUUUCAGUAAUCCAUACUUCUGUUAUGGUCCAUCUGCUCCAGGUGAGGUUAAAUCAGCAGGCGCUCAUCUGUGCCAGAUAUUUGGCCAGGAGCCAAGAGAUGCAGUGGCCCAGGCUCGGGUGGGUGUGGUGGAUGCCUGGCAGAAGAAGUACUGCAGCGCAGCUCGCAGGCUCAGCAAACUGGCUGAGAAGGAUUCAUCCUAUUUUGACUUCUUGCUGGCUCUCAUCCCAUUUAAUCAGCGGAAAUGCAUGGCACAGGUAAGUGUACAGGAAACCCAGAUUUAGUACCAGAUGAGCAGAUCUGCCAAAGUUGUUUGUUCUGGCUUUGUCAGCGUUAUUUUUCAUCAAAAAAAAAAAAUGUUUAUGUCAGGAUAUUUCCAUGAUAUUACAAAAACCCCAUAUCAUUUCUCUCUAUUGAACCAAUGGGUGUUAUAGUUGUAUGUAUAUAUUCUAUGUAUGUAUUUUCAUUUAUGGUAAAAUACAGUACAAACAUGUGGCGGGUCCACCAUCUCACAAUGACUAUCUUAGAUGCCUAAAUUAGAUGGCAAAGUCAAUAAUGUGAAUCUGAUACAUAUCUACUCUAAACUACAUGUACACUGGGACAGGAAGCAGCUCAGGAGGCCAACAGUGUGUCAUCAUGUGGUCAGUGGAAGCAGGCGCUCACCCUCCUGACUGUGGCAGUACAAUCAGGGGGCAGUCAGAGAAUGGAGUAUCUUCACCAGCGGGCUGUGUGCCUGGCACAGCUGGGCUUACAUGAGCGGGCUAUAUCUGAUCUGGACAGAGUUAUACAGAAACACGAUGGACCUGACUACAGCUGUUCAGACCACCCUCAAGUCCGGGUGGAGGAUUUGUGCUUGCGAGGUCGCAGCCUGGUGCUCUGCUCCAAAGAAGGGCCAGCUCUGGAGGACUUCAUCCGGGCCCUGGAGCUCAACAGAGAACAGGCCAUCAAGUGUGUGGAGGCUGGGCUAGGAAAACUGCCUCUGGCUGAGUGCUUCCUGCGGGGGGCGCUGCAGCAUUAUGGGGAGCAACAUCUCAGUAAGGCUUGGACCUUGAUUGAAUGUGGCCUCCUUUUGGACAGUGAGAACACAGAGCUCCGCAGACUGAGGGCAAAAGUCAAACGAGAAGUGGCCAAUCCUUGCAACGUGAACUAGUGUUGACUGUGAACUGGACACAGAAUCUCCAGUGGAGCCGCAAAAGCUCCAAUCAGGUCAAUGUCCUACCUCAAAAUUAGAAACAAAGAAAAGAAAAACCUAAUCCCAAUCAUUUUGUUAUGCUCAGCUUCCUAAAUUUCAUGGGAUGUUUGGUGCUUCCAGAGCACACAUUGCUGCUGUUCAUAUUAUUCCCUCAAAGUUCAGUUUAAACUUACAGGAUUAACAUCAGUGUCUUUAUGAUUACAUCAAAGCAAAAAUAUUUAUUAUAAGAGAAGUAAGUGAAUUAAUAUUUAACACCACAAACACUUAUGACAUAAAACAUUAGCAAUGUAAUUAAUAUGAUAAUCACAAAAAACAAUAACUAUACUAUCAUAAUGUAUAAGCAAAAUCAUUCAGCGUUCAAUGCUGUCACACCUAGAUAAGUGAUAUAAGAAAGUGCCAAGUGUGCAGGUUUUAUGCUUUUCAAAUGAAGACAAAUCUUUAAUCAUAUCCAUGGUGGCAAACACAAUUUAGCACGCAGAAGUACAUGUGAUUAUAAAUACUGAAAUUUAGUUCACACUGCUGCCAUUGGAGAAUAA